ACCAAUAGUUUUCUUUCUUUAGGUGGAGGGCUGAGUGUACUUUUCAUUUCAUUCCUUUAUAAUCCCUUGGUUCAGUCUCCUCAUAUCUACUGACUCUUUUUCUAAAAAGUCAACUUUGGGGGCAACCCCCCCCCUCCUUUUUUUAUUUAAUUGCUUUCACUUUGAGGUUUUUUAUUAAUUUAGGAUUUGUCAUUUUUAACGAUGUGCCCAGCUGUAGCCAGCUGUUGGGGCAGAGUUGGCCCCCAAACACACUCUCAGACCUGGGAUGGUUUCUGGAGCCCGUUGUGACGGGUCGCACUGCAUUCAUGCCUGAUCAGAGAUUCACUGUGGUUACUAUGGUUACAAAAGCGGACAGAGAUUGGGAGUUUACUGUUCAGGUUGGUCUGAGAGAAGUGUCUGUAUCUGAGGUGGGAGGGAACAAGUGCACAGCCCCAGCCCUCACCCAUACUGUACCUCCAGCGUCCCUUUUGGCUCCACCCUGUGUGUGUGUGUGUGUGUGUGUGUGUGUGUGUGUGUGUGUGUGUGUGUGUGUGUGUGUGUGUGUGUGUGUGUGUGUGUGUGUGUGUGUGUGUGUGUGUGUGUGUGUGUGUGUGUGUGUGUGUGUGUGUGUGUGUGUGUGUGUGUGUGUGUGUGUGUGUGUGUGUGUGUGUGUGUGUGUGUGUGUGUGUGUGUGUGUGUGUGUGUGUGUGUGUGUGUGUGGUUCAUGUUUUCUGGUUGUCCAUGAACAGAGAAUGAAUGACCUGCGUGUGUGUUGUGAGGCAGGGGGGGUGGGUGUUUGAGUAAAGGUGAUGGGAUCAACAGCUACAGUGGUGGGGGAACUUAAAGCAUUCCAUCAUGUCCAAAUUGAUGUGGAAAACGUGAAAUGGUGGCCAAUAAAAAUAAAAAAAAUUAGGAAAAAAACAGUUGUCUUUUUUUACUUUUUAUUAAUGAAGCUCUAAAGAGAGAAUUGGAGAGGAACACGGGGAUUUUACUUUGCAGACCAUUUACAUGCACUCAAACCUAACACACUACAGGAAAAAAAAAAACCAAAGAACCAUAAUGGGGCCCUUUCAAAGCUUGUUGACGUUAGCAUGAGUUAAAAGCACUGCUGACUCCUGUUACCAGCGACACUGGUGUUGUUUACACCUUGAGUGUGUGUGUACAUGUCUUCAUGGCAGAGUGUUCUCCUGCAGACACCUGCAGGAGUGGGAAUAAGCACAGAGGAGGUGUAAAGUAGUCUGCCAGCUGUUUAGGCUUCUCUCUGGGAUAUCUUCCUAACUAUGCAAGAUGCAGUCAUCAAACUUCACAGAUGUGUAGUGAAGAUCAAAAUUAAGAUUGAGUUCAAAGAUGGGCGGGGUAUAUAUCAAUAACUUUUCCCAGAGCCAAAGGUGAUGAUUUCUAUUUUGUAUUUAUCCAGUCAACAUAGUAAAAAAAAAAAAGAUAUGACAGAGAAAACAUCUGAAAAGCCAUAUUCAUUUUCAUUUAUUUCCAACCUGUAAUAGAGGUCGAUGCAAACCACUCAUUUGGAAAUGAUCCAUCCUCUGAGUGUAAGUGGUCAACACACCCUUUUCCCUCCUUGCCCCUGCAGCUGGCACUGACACACUCCCACUAUAUGAACUACUUUUACACCCUGAUGUGUUUACCAGAAGGCCCCCCUCACCGCUAUCUCAAAGUGGGCAGCAUCUGGGUAUGUGUUGGUGCCGACAGAGCAACAGAUUCCUGGCUUUCGUGUCUGAAAACGUGACUUGAAUCAGAGGCGUCUGGUGGGAGGGAUCCUAGCAGAGGCCUACUCAUCUUCCAAACAUCGCCACUGGAUCCUAAAAUAGCCCCACAGAGAGUAUAAAGAGCCCCGCAGUGAGGCCUGUUGAUGUGAAGGACGACACAGAAGAAGCACUUGAUCCUCCUGCAGGACAACCUCUGAGCUCUUUUCAGAUAAUCUGCUUGGAUUUUUUUUUAUUUGAAGAAUAUUUGUUAGAUUUGACCAGUUUUUAAGCAAAAGUUCAAUCAAACGUAUGCCCAGGAUGAAGUACUUCCAGUGCCCAGUGGACUCCCAGACCAGAGGAAUCAAGGCUUACACCCAGCAGGAGUGUGGCGUCCCAGUCUGCAAGAGCUCUAAAUCUCUGAAGCAAAUCCGCAGUGUGCACUUCCCCAAUGACAUAGUUUUCCAGGACUAUGUUCGCCACGGAGAGCUGGAGAGGAUUGGACUUUUCAUGCGAGCCAGAAGAGUCAGUCUGGACACCAUCUACCACUCUGGCAUGGCCGCCAUGCAUGAGGCCGUCCUGACUGGGAACCUGGAGUGUGUGAAGCUGCUGGUGAAGCACGGAGCAGAUAUCCACCAGAGGGACGAGGAGGGCUGGACCCCGCUCCACAUGGCCUGCAGCGACGGCUUCCCACACAUUGCACGCUACCUUCUUUCGCUGGGGGCCGACACAGAACUGGUGAACGAAUGCGGCGAGAAGCCGGCGGACCUCAUCGAGCUGGACAAUAAGGAGCUGCUGGAGCUCUUCUGCCUGGCUGUCAAUGACUGAGAACAUUUGGCUUUUAAAGACACACUCGUCUGGAAUCCACUGGCCAGGCACUGCCUGUCCUGCAGGGAUGGACCGAAAACGUCACGUCAGUCCAGCACAAUGGUUUUGUGCGCUGACUGAGCUGAGGUCAAAGACUGGAUGUGUGGCAGAGGAUGGGAUGGUAGCUGCCUCCUGAAUGGAGGGGACUUGAGCUGGUAGGAGCUGCUCGAUGUACUGUACACUGUAAGAGCUUCCCGUCGUUUGAUACCAUAAUGAACUCGAUUCAUUGUUUUUUUUACGUCACUUGAAUUAGGGUUUCUGAAUUAAAUAAUUUCAGUCUGCCCACUAGCACUCUAAAAGCUAACAUUAGCUUCUGUUGACUGCCAAUGUGGUAAUCCAAUUUCUAAACCCUGCAAUUUGUUCCUUAUAGUCUCUUUCUGACUUACAGAAGUUAGCUAUAUUGAUUAGUAGUUGAGUUUUUCUAUACUUUUAAAAAUAAAUGUUAUCAAAAUUG